GGCAACUGCGCACAAGUUAAAUUGACGUUAUUAUUUACCUACUGGUAACAUUUAUGUAAAAUGUCACCACGUCUCAAAAUAUCAAAUUAUGUUAUUGAGAGGCUGUCUAAUAUAGACACCAGUGAAAGUACAGGAUGUCUGUACGGACUCAUGUACGAUGGCACAUUGCUCGUGGUUGGACUGAGCUUAGAAUUAUUUGAAAAUGAGAAGAACACUUAUAGGCAGUUGUUGCUCAACCUUCCCGCCGAAAUAGAACUAUGCGGAGUCGUAAGGUUCGGUGAAUCUUUGACUACCGGAACCACAAUGAAAGAAAUAUUGCAGGAUGUUGAUAUAACAGACAAUCCUCUGGUGAUGAUAGUCAAUGAAAAGAAAGAAAUGAAAACUCACUUUCUAGUGCAUGACAAGUUUGAAGAGACUAAAUAUGAAGUGUUGAGCUCUGAGGAUAUGUGGAAACAGUUCCUUCAUGUGCGCUUAAAUACAAUAUUACCACUGAGCUGUGAAGCCACAAUAUCUGGAGUCAAAAAUAUUCUGCAAAAUAAGAGGAAAAAGAUUGCCUCUGGUCAAGUGUCAUUCCAUGUAGAUGGUACAUCAGUGUACUUGUUUGGUGUUGCAUCAGACGUGGGUCUAACUGGCACUAGCCCAGAAGCCACCAUAGGAGAACUGGUUGACUCUAUGAGCCCAGAACAGCCUAAGAAGAAGAAGCAUAAUACUAAUACUGUAGAAAUAGUACCUAUAAAUCUUGUAUUGAAAACAACAAAGGAUAUACUGUCAGAUAAACUUGUGAAGACUGCAGUUAAAAUGAUGACAACUCAAAGAAAACCUGCAUUUUGUAUCAGUAUGCCAUUGAGAAUAGACACCCUGGCAAUGAUACAUCGCAAUACAAAGUUGUUGGAGCUUUACACUGUUCUUGUGGAGGCAGCCUGCAGGUCUCUCAGACUAUUGGAAAGUGUUCUUCUAGAACAAUUGGGACAAGAAGGCAUUGGAGAUGGGGCUGGGCUACGUUUACCAGAAACUUUCCACUUCCUACCACAGGAAUUAGGGCAUUUCAUCACAAGGGUAGUGCCUAAAGCUAUACCUGAUGAAAGUAUGGAAAAAGAAAGGCGUUUAUUGCACGAACAGUUAGGUAUUGUCCAGACUAGGCCAGUUUUCCGUAGGGGCAAUGCGUAUUCUGACAAAAGCGGCGGUCGUCUAGUGAAUCCCCACGAAGCUAUUCCAAGCCAGCCGUUAAAGCCUGACGUGACUGUGGCGCUAGUUCGAGGACGAUACACCUACCACCACUACAUGCAAGAUAACUUCAAUGAUGAUGGGUGGGGUUGCGCGUACCGUUCAAUGCAAACUAUAUUCUCGUGGUUCCGGUACCAAGGAUACACAACAGUCGAAGUACCAACUCACAGAGAAAUUCAACAGUGCCUUGUCAACAUUGGCGAUAAGCAGUCGUCAUUUUUAGGUUCAAAGCAAUGGAUAGGUUCUACUGAAGUUAUGUUUUGUUUAGAAACACUUUUAGGCAUUCAAUCAAGAAUAAUAUUUGCUAACACUGGAGCUGAAUUACAGAGUUAUGCACAUGACCUGGUUCACCAUUUCCAGACACAUGGAACUCCAAUUAUGAUUGGUGGUGGAGUGCUGGCACACACAAUAUUGGGAGUGGAAUACAACUCGGCGACAAAUGACAUACGCUAUCUCAUCUUAGACCCACACUACACGGGCGCAGAAGAUUUAUCCACCGUCAUCAGCAAGGGUUGGUGCGGCUGGAAGAAUUCAGACUUCUGGAAUAAAGCGGCUCACUAUAACCUCUGCUUACCACAAACAAAACCUGCUAUUUAAGUAUGAAUACUAUCACACACAGUUCAAAUUAACAUCUUGGAACAUAUUUUCCGUUUGUAGCUGUCAAUAAUUAAUAAUGCUAUAUUUUUAAAGCUGUGAUAAUUGGCUUUUAUAGGCCCUUAGAUUCCACACAUAUGCAUUUCUUUACAGAUAGUCGGUUAUAAUCCGGUUUAAUAAUGGUAAAUUGUGACAAUGUUGGUGCAAAAAGUAGCACAUCUUGGACUUAUAGUCAACUGUGACAUAACUUUAUUACCCUAAUG